AUGUCGGGUCUGGUGCAGAGGUUGCAAGAUGCGUUGCAGCAGACCAUCCCUGCGGCACAAACAGCGAGGACUGCCGAGGAGAACUUUGCAGGUUGUGCCUUUGGCGCAACGAACCGUGGCACAGCCAUCGAUCUUGUCCUCUCCGUCCUGACGAGCUUCAAGGGCGUCCGAGUCGACAGGCUUGGCCGAGGCACCAAGGGCCAGGGCGAGAAACAUGAGGCGAAGGGAAACCAUUGUGACAAGAUGCAGAAUGAAGGGUGGUGUGCUUUGGUUGCCAAAUCACGAAUCUUGUUUCGGAACCUAGCCCUCUUUUGACUCGAUGUUUCUGGAUUUAGAAUGUCAAACACAACCCUAUAUACCUGUCAAACUUUUCCAGAUUUUCUUUUGUUUCUACCAAACCUCUUUAGCCUAAGCAGGCGAAAUGGGCCAAGCCUGCUUUGGGAUGGAUUCGGAUACGAAUACAACCACCAACCUGUAAAAUUUUUCUUGUAGUCUGACAUUGGCAUGAUUAAGAGCCAAGGCAGCGAAUCAAGGCAUCCUGUGGAGAUGCCAUUGACAAUGGUUCGCGGAACAGACGGCCCAGUUCGCGUUCGUAAGCCAAGUGCGGUUGAAGAGCCUGUAGAGAUAUAUAGUAGCUCUUGGCUGAACUCAUUCUUCAUCAGUCAUUCCUUCGCUGCCGCACCAAGGGCUGCCAACCCUUGGGUAACCAAUCAACACUGACAAAAGAAGAGUCUUGAGCCAAACACUGUCCGUGCCCGCCGCGAUCACAACGAGAGCCAAUGAGAGCUCGUCGGAUACUGUGUCCCCCGACCUUUCUCUACCUAGGUCAUCGGUGGCACAACCAGUGCGGAAUUGGAUCAUGAUCGACUGACUCCCAACGGCAGGCCAAAGAUCCGGACAUUACUCAGACACCUCAUAGACUGAAUGGAGCAUGGCAGAAGGAGCUUCGGGAACCUCCCACGACAACAAAGCAUCCGCCCUUCCCUGUCCGAUAGCGGGAUGUGAAGUGUACGAUGAACGUUCCACGCGGCGAAAACUCAGCUAUGACCAAGCGCCCUGGCAGUCUGUGAUGGAUGGGUCACCAAUCUAGUGUCGCUCUCGCCGGUUCACCGUGAGCUCUGUUGGUCAGUUCUCAUCGGGUUGUCGGUAUGGCAAGGGGUGGGUACGUGGCUCCUCCAAAGGACAGACGAUGACAAUGUGAGAGGUGAGCAUAGGAAUUAAACUUUUUCGUGCUCAGGACGGAUACCCAGACCAGACGGCGGGCAUUGGGCCCAGACUUGGCAGUACGCAAAC